AAAUAAAAUUUAAUUUUUUAACAUUUUCCACCUAGGAUGUGAAUAACCAUCCAGUCGACAAUCACACAACCGACCGUCUCAUAGGUGGUUGCCGCCGAUGAGGUCAACCGGCCUCUCCAACAGCCACCGACAGGCAUCCUCCUCCCACUCCUUCCUCGUCAGGAAGAUCUUUUACACCACCAUGCGACCGUCGUAGUACAAGCUCUAGUCUACGAUGCGAGCGAGGUCGUCUUCCUCCACGGCAUGGAUCCGAGUCACCGUAACGGCGUUGCGGGUCCGUCAACCUUGGAGUCGGAUGCGCUCGUGGCAGGAAGGCAAGGCAGUGUCGUUGGCAUGGUCAAAGUCCAUGCGGUGAAGCUUCCCGCACAAGACGCCCAUGCCCAUCACCGGGUCAACUUGUUCAAGUCCGGGGAGAUUGUUCCGGAGGAGUUAUUAUUUGCCAAAUUGAGCCUCACCAAGUUCUGCAAGCAGAACAGGAAGUCAGGAUCUCGUCAGAGAAGAAGUUCCCUUGCAAAUAGAGGUUCCUGAACAAACGGGGAUUUGCGAUGUCUGCCGGAACACUUCCCCUGAGCGCGUUGAAACGGAUUGAGCUGAGUGAGAUUGCUAAGUCGGAAAGGGAGCUCCCCAGAGAGACUCAUAUUGGGGGAAAUGGAGCUUGACAACUCUGUUUUCGACGCAUGUAACAACGGCCCAAUUGUGGGAGUGGCGGUCAAGUUCCACGAGAGAGAUCUAUCGCCGACAGCACUACUGAGACCGAGAAGCGCCACCCCGUCAGAUGCGAGAUCUUAUUCUAUCAUCACCGUUGCCGCCAAAAGGAACAAGAGAGAUAGGAAGGGAUGGAAUCGGGCGACAGAGACUUCAUGUCUCAUUGGUUUCUUAGGGGCCAAAAAUCAGAGGAGGAGGGGUGAGAGAGAGAUGAGAAAUCAAAUGGGGUUGGCGGUUCGGGGAGAAAGGAAUGAAGAGAAAGAGUUGUUGAGUUUAUUCACAUCCUGUUAUAUUCUAACUUGAGAAGUUUUAGUCAAACACCAUAAGUUUAAGUUAAGUAGUUAUCCUUCCAGUUCCAAUUUCGGGGAUGGAAUUUUUAUAAGGGUGGAAAAAAUGUAACACCCCGAUCUUUGAGUUCGGUUUCGACCAAAAUACAUGAACGGUUGGAUUAAUGGUUACGCACGAAUGGUUGCAACCACAGACUAUGAAUAAUAAUAAUAAUAAUAAUAAUAAUAAUAAUAAUAAUAAUAAUAAUAAUAAUAACUAUUAGGGUGUGCCUACGGUGACAUACAUGUCACGGUGACUUGCACUUUCCAGGCGACCUCAGUUAGGAUUAGGUCGACCUCAUUUAGAAUUCGGUCGACCUCAUAUAGGAUCUGGUCGACCUCAUAUAGGAUUUGGUCGACCUCAUAUAGGAUCAGGUCGACCUAAUAUGUUGUUUCGGUGUAAAAACAGUUCAUGGUGUCUACUUUGGAUAUUCAUAUCAUACAAUUGGCUAGAUGGAAAUUGAAUACUAAUGACUUGUUUUGAAGCCGGAGUGUCCCUCUACAUAUUGAAGUGGAAGAGAGCUCGAUAGGAAGUCCAUAAGACCAUUUUUGAACCUCAUCAAAAGGCUAUGCCAAAACUGGGAAAUUGCCUCGAAAUGGCUAACUCUGGAAACGUGUUUGUGAAGCCUAUUUUGGAGCUCAAUUCGAGAAGCAUGAAUGCGAGUCGAGUCCAGGAGCCUCUACCACGUUAAAUUAGGUAUGUUUUUAUACAAAUUCAAGGCAGUGGAUGAAAGAUUGGAUAUCUGUAAGACUUCAAACAAAAGGGUCGAAGUUGCUACGAAUGCUGUUUUUCUGCAGACUUCGAGCACAAGCAAGUUGCCAGAAAAACAGUCUUCGUAGCAACUUCGAGCCUUUUGUCUGAAGCCUUAAAGAUAUUCAAUCUUUCAUCCAAUGCCUUGCCUUUGUAUAAUAAAGUACUUAAUUUAAC